AUGGAUGCAGCACGCCAUGAUCCGAGCGUCAUCUCUAUACUUGAACAGGCAGUGACAGAAUGGAGCAGCAUCAUUGAGAAAGUCCUGAAGGAGGAAGGCGAAAGAGAUAAGGAAAAGGAGAACAUGAGCCUACCUCCCAUGGCUGAGAUCGACUUUUGGAGAGAUCGCUCCUCCAAGGUUUCCACGGUCUACGAGCAGCUGCAACUGCCUGGGGUCAAAAAGGUUCUCGAAGUUCUGGAAGCUUCGGAACCUCCUGUUUUACAGCAGUUUCAGGAUCAGUUUGGAGCCUUGCAAGGAAUGCAUGUUGUGGCCAAGGACAAUGUCAAAUUCUUGACGACUCUGGAGCGACAUUUCAAGAGCCUUGCUACAGGAUCCAUGCAAACCAUUGUCGAAACCCUUCCAUCCUUGAUGACUGCCAUUCGCCACGUUUGGAUCAUUUCUCGGUAUUUCAACACUGACAAGGAUAUGGAACGGCUGAUGGGUCGCAUCGCGGAGCAGAUUGCAGACAAAGUCCAGGAGCAAAUCAACAUCAACCAAAUCUUGUCCUUGGACCCUCCAAAGGCAAUGCAAAUCAUCGAAGAUGGUAAGAAUGCACUUGUGAAAUGGUCCGACAUCUACCUGAUGACUCGUGACAAGAUGGAAGAGAGCCCAGCAACAAACCAGCGCUGGGACUUUGAUCGGAUCCUGCUUUUCAAGAAGACCAACUACAUGUCCAAAAUUUGCACCGACCUCUACGAAAUCAUGCAAGUCUUGGACCAGUUUUACAAAUUCCUUGGCCCAGAGCUGAAAGAGGUCACCGGCGAUUCUCAAGGCAUCGAUCAGCUGCUGAAGGAAGUCGAAGCGUUGAAGACUGACUUCCGCAAUGUGAAGAACGUGUUCGAUGACUUCCACUACUCUAAUUGGGAAAGCUCAAUCGCAAAGUUCAAAGAGAGAGUGACUGUGAUCGAAGAGCGAGCCAUCAAGUUCUUGAACCGAUCCUUUCAAAACCUACGCUCUGCAGAGGGUGCCUUCAAAUUGCUUCAGAACUUCAAGAACAUUGAGUCUCGCGAGCGCAUCAACAAGAAGAUGAACGAGAAGUUUGUAGCGAUUUUGCUCCGAUAUCGUGUAGAAGUGGGCAAGCUGAAGGAGAUCUUUCAACGAGACCAGGAGAACCCGCCAAUCUCCAAGAGCAUGCCACCGACUGCAGGGGCAAUUCAUUGGGCACGCAGCAUUUUUCACAGAGCCAAGCGACCUAUUUUGUCUUUCAAGACCAUGCCGCACUUAUUGCAGCUUCCAGAAGGACAACAGGCUUGCAAGGAGUAUGUGGAGCUCGGAAAGGAAAUCCUCGAAUAUGAACAGGCCCUGUUUGAAGCUUGGCAAACGACUGCUGUCGAGCUUGCUGUCUCAAGCUUGAAGUACAAUGUGCUGAUCAAAGACGCUCGGACGGGAGCAUACAAGGUAAACUUUGCCAAGGAGUUGCAGCUUCUCAUCCGCGAAGCCAAAUAUUUGGACCAGCUCGGUGGCUUUGAGCUGCCACACACCGUUCUCAAUGUGGCGCUUCAGCAAGACCAAUACAAGGAGUUUGUGGAACAAUUGGAUCUACUCAUCGAUGCAUACAACGCUGCUGUGGGUGACUUGUCUCCUGUGCAACAGAAGCUGCUCAGAAAGCAAAUCCUGGAUCUGGACAAGUGCUUGAGUCCUGGUUUGUCGCCGUUAAACUGGAACUCCCUGGGAAUCACAGACUUCAUUGAGGCUGGAAAUCAGGGCAUCACCAAGUUCCGCGGAGCUUUCCGAGAUCAGGUCGAAAAGAGUGAGGAGCGCAUCGCAAAUGUCGUCAGCGCAAUCGAGAACGCGACAUUGGUGAGGCCCUUUGAUUGGAAUCGGAUUGAUGUCAUGGACCACAUGGAGUUUGGUGAGUUCUUCGAGAGGCAUCGAUUGGCCCAGCUGGAAGACUUGGUGAAAAAGUACGACUCCAUUGGGCCUUUCCUGGUGAAGAUUGAGGAGACAACCGCUGGAACAAAGACAGGAAUGGCACCAUCCAUGGCGGAGUACUAUCACUACUGGGAGCGUCGGAUCUUCAAUGCAAUUACCACGAUGCUGCUUCGAGGCAUGAGUACGUUCCAAACGCUCUUCAGUGCUGGUGAGCGAAAAAGGCCUCCUUUGCUGCGAGUGAAAGUUGAUUGCAGUGGCCCAGAGAUUGAUGAUCAAGCCUUGCAGUCUGUGUUCAGAUUGAUCAGCAAGCUUCUCAAGAACACGAUUCAGUCGGCCAAACUGUUUGUGCGAUGGAUGGAUGGGACCUGCCGAAUGGUUCCCCCACAGCCUGGCCAAGAGGACGAGCAGCAGCAAAUGUUCACAUUCUAUCGAGAUGUCAAGGACAAUCCAGCACUAUUCGAGAUGACGAUCAACAUUCAGAACAGCAUCCAGAAGAUUUUCUCCAUCAUUGACAAGUUCUUGCGCCACUGGAAGCGGUACGAAGAGCGGUGGAAACUCUGGGACCCAAAGUGGAAGCAAGACUUGGAGAAGGUCAAAGAGAAGCGGCCACCCUUUGUCUUCUUCGAUGCCCACAUUUGUGUCUACAAGAGCCUAGCCGACAGUUUGGCAGCAUAUCCACCAGAGAAGGACAUUGGAUUUGUGAGAAUUGACUGCACUUCCAUAGUCGCAGCCAUCCGAACCCAGGCGAUGGAAUGGGUUGCUGGCUACGGUGAUAUCCUCCGCCAGCUUGCCUACAAGGAUUUGACCAAGAUUCAAGCCGAAAUCACGGAGUUCCGGGAUGACUUGCAAGAGACGCCUGACUCUUUGGACAAGCUGAAGUUCAUUUUGAGCAUCAUUUCCAAGAUCCUGUCUGUCUCUAUGGACAUGGAAUUGCGCAUGCAGGACGUCAGAGAAAGGUACCGCACCCUCGAGUUGUACAACUGUCAGUAUGAGCUUCAGGAAUACGAAGAUGCAAAGGCUCUGAACGAAAUGUGGCGCCUUUUGAAGGACGAAGCUUUGACAAAAGACCGGCGCAUGGUCAGGGUGAAGGAGCACUUUUCGCAAGUGACGCAGGAGCAGGCACUUUGGACAAAGUUUGACAUCAAUGCUUUGACAAAGGGAGCUGAAGACUUUGAUAAGCAAGUCAGAAGAAUGCCAAAGGAGCAGAAGGAACUCGGCGAGCUUCCAACUUUUCAGAAGCUGGAGGAAGUUGUCACAUCCUUCAAGGCUGGAGUUCCACUGAUCCAGCAGCUGAAGAGUGACGCCAUCCGAAAAGGGCACUGGGAGGAGUUGAUGACACUGGCUGAAGUGGAAACAGAAGACUUCGACAUCAAGAAAAUGACGCUGAAUGCAGUUUUCGCAAUGCAACUGCACCGCUUUCCUGACGAAGUCAAUGAGUUGGUGGUGACAGCAGCUCGGGGUAUAAAGGAGAGCCUUCAAAUCCCAGAGGCGAGUGAGAACAAGUGUACCUGCAAAAGACAUGUGGUGCUUUUGGUGCUCUUUGCCAGGCUGGAUACCAUCAAGCGCUGGGAGAAGAACCUCUCAGUGGUGGGCGAGGUUUUUGAUGCAUGGAUGGUACUUCAGAGGAAAUGGAUGUACUUGGAGAGCAUUUUCCUGGACUCUGAAGACAUCAGUAUGCAGCUGCCGGAGCAAGCAAAACAGUUCGGUAGAUGCCACAAGAACUACGUGAAGAUCAUGCAAAUGACACAGGCAUCGCCACAGGUUCUCUCCGCUUGCUGCCAGGAUGGACGCCUAGAGGAGUUCAAGGGAUUGACUUCUGAGUUUGAUCGGAUCCAGAAGUCGCUGACGGACUAUUUGGACACAAAGCGUUCUGCAUUCCCCCGGUUCUACUUGAUUUCAGAUGACGAGCUUCUCAGCAUCCUUGGUACAAGCGAUGCGCAGGCAGUUCAGCCGCAUAUGCUGAAGCUCUUUGACAAUUGCAAAACCUUGGAAUUCAGCCGUGGAAAGACAGUGGUGGGGAUGUACUCCGAUGAAGGGGAACACUUCCGCUUUCACCAAGCUCAGAAGGCAGAAGGAGCUGUUGAAGACUGGAUGCUCACAGUGGACGAGCAGAUGCAAGACACCCUGCAACGGAUCUCCAAAGCAGCUGUGUACUACUACGCAUCUCAAGAGCGCAUGGAAUGGAUUCAGAACUACAUCGGAAUGGUGGCCAUCCUGGGAACCCAAAUUUGGUGGACUUGGCAAGUCGAGGAUGCUUUCAGGAAGGUGGCAGAAGGUGACAAGAAUGCAAUGAAGAAUGAAUUGAAGAAGGAAAACCAGCAGGUUCAGGACUUGGUUGCCUUUGUACGCUCACCCAUCAACAAGCUGCAGAGGAAGAAGGUGAACACCUUGAUCAUUUUGGACGUGCAUGCGCGUGAUAUCGUGGACCGCUUUGUCCGCGACAGUAUCCUAAACAAGGAGGAGUUUGCAUGGGAAUCUCAGCUUCGAUUCUACUGGGACCGGAAGAUGGAUGAUGUGGCCAUCAGACAAUGCACGGGCCAGCUCAAGUACUGCUAUGAGUACCAGGGGCUGAACGGCCGCCUUGUCAUCACACCCUUGACUGAUCGCUGUGUCAUGACCUUGACAACCGCACUGACUUUCAACAUGGGUGGUGCUCCAGCUGGUCCUGCUGGAACCGGCAAGACUGAGACCGUGAAGGAUUUGGCUAAGUCAUUGGCGAUCUCUUGCGUUGUGACGAACUGUGGUGAUGGCCUGGAUUUCAGAGCCAUGGGCGUGAUCUUCAGCGGCCUCUCAGAGACAGGGUUUUGGGGCUGCUUCGAUGAGUUCAACCGCAUCAAUGUUGAGGUGCUGUCCGUGGUUGCCGCGCAAAUCAAGACCAUUCAGAAUGGCCUCAAUGCAGGAAAGAAGACAGUUGAGAUGCUUGGCAGAGAUGUCGCACUGAAGACGACGAUUGGUUACUUCAUCACAAUGAAUCCGGGUUACGCCGGAAGAUCAGAGCUGCCGGACAACUUGAAGGCCCUUUUCCGGCCUGUGACAAUGAUCGUGCCAGACCUGCUGAUGAUUUGUGAGAACAUGCUGAUGUCUGAAGGCUUCAACAUGGCGAAGGUCUUGGCAAAGAAGAUGACUGUGCUUUAUGCUCUUUCACAGGGUCAGCUCUCAAAGCAGUAUCACUAUGACUUCAAACUGCGAGCAUUGAAGUCUGUCCUGGUGAUGGCUGGUGAUUUGAAGAGAGCUGCUGGAGAUCUUCCAGAAGACAAGGUGCUGAUGCGAGCGCUUCGCGAUAUGAACAUGCCCAAGUUCGUCAAGCAGGACGUUCCACUUUUCCAAGGGCUUCUCAAUGACCUUUUCCCUGGCCUGAAAGUGCCGCGAGAGGGCAACCCGAAGCUGAAAGAAGCCAUCAUGAAAUACUUUGACGACAACCAAAUGCACUCCAAGUACGAGGACAUUUACCAGCUGCAGGUGGAUAAAGUGAUGCAGCUGUAUGAGACCAUGCUCACUAGGCACUCUACAAUGAUCGUGGGACCAACCGGUGGUGGCAAAUCUGUGGUAUUGAAUUGCCUGGCAGAGGCACAGAAGACGGCCUUGGACUUGCCAACGACAUUGCUUCCACUGAAUCCAAAAGCAAUCACUACUGAGGAACUCUAUGGUGUCCUCGAUCCGCAAACUCGUGACUGGACAGAUGGGCUGUUGUCAAAGAUCUUCCGCGAGAUGAACCAGCCGCAUCCCGCUGACAAACCUUGCAGGCGAUACAUUCUCUAUGAUGGCGAUGUCGAUGCGAUCUGGAUCGAGAAUAUGAAUUCCGUCAUGGAUGACAACAAACUGCUGACUCUGACAAAUGGAGAGCGUAUUCGACUCGAGAAGCACUGCGCAAUGCUUUUCGAAGUCUUCGACCUUCAAUAUGCAUCUCCAGCCACUGUGAGUCGCUGUGGUAUGUUGUAUGUCGAUGACAAGAAUCUUGGUCCCGGCCCUUACUAUGAUCGCUGGCAACGGCUGAAGCAAACCGAGAAACUGCGGGAAUCGCUGGAGGAGAUCCUCAACUUGCCACCCAAACAAUUUCUUUCUCCACCACCGUGCAGGAUCUGUACGAGAAGUAUGUGCCACAAUUGA